UGUAAUCCCUUCAGAUGGCCAAAUGUCAGCUGGUAGCUGUAUAUUUAGCUUAACUAUAUGCUCAAACUGUUAUUUUUUAUUAGUGUUGUAGUGAUUAAACAAUUACACAGAAAUAAUCGGCUGUGCCACCGAGUGUUUUUCUUGUUAUUCUAGUUGCAAGCCGAAUUUUAAGAGGUGUAAACGAUGAUCGUUAAGAGACGGCUUUCCAGGAGGGCUCGUAUUGCGCCGUGUUAUUCACUGGGAGUUACCGCACACACCCCUGUUGGUGUAAGGAGUUUGACCAGUACAGAGCAGUUUAGAGGCUUUUGUAAAUGUUGGUUUAGCGCUUUAAUUCUGCCAACUGUCAUUGCGGAGUAGCCCUGACUGAGUCCACUUCCACUUUUCAGCGUUUUAAUGUGUUGAAAGUUAGGAUGAAGCGACAGCCCCCGAGAAACACUGUCAAAGAGUCCAAAAAAAUGGCAGGUGGUCAGCUGAAUAUACGGCACUGGACGACGAAGCACGUCGCCAAGUGGUUGAAGGAGGAGGGCUUCUGUGACUAUGUGGACCUUCUGUGUAACCGGCACCGGCUGGACGGCACCAGCCUGCUCACCCUGACUGAGUAUGACCUCCGCUCGCCGCCCUUGGAGCUCAAGGUGCUGGGGGACAUCAAGCGGCUGAUGCUGUCGCUGCGCAAGCUGCAGAAGCAGAACGGGGACAUCCUGGAGGAGCUGGGCUUCUCCUUCGAUGGGCACUCUCCGCAGGCCGUGGACUGGCUGUGCAACGGCGAGCCGGCGCGGGACUGCGACAGCGACAGCGGCCCAGGGGUUGGCGACUACCACCAGUACACCAACGGCAAGCACAAGCAGCACGCCCGACGCCUGGACCCCGAGUACUGGAAGACCAUCGUCAGCCUUGUCUACGUCUUCUUCGUCUUUGGCUUCACCUCCUUCGUCAUGGUCAUCGUGCAUGAGCGUGUCCCCGACAUGCGCACCUACCCACCCCUCCCAGAUAUCUUUCUGGACAGCGUGCCCAGGAUCCCGUGGGCUUUCGCCAUGGCUGAGACGUGCGGUGUGAUUCUGUGCAACGUCUGGCUGCUGGUGCUGCUGCUUCACAAGCACAGGUCCAUCUUGCUCCGCCGUAUGUGCAGCCUCAUGGGCACCGUGUUCAUGCUGCGCUGCAUCACCAUGUUCGUCACAUCCCUCUCCGUGCCGGGACAGCACCUGCAGUGCUCGGGAAAGGUCUACAGCGACAUGUGGUCCAAGCUAAGCAGGGCGCUGGCCAUCUGGAGCGGCUUUGGGAUGACGCUCACGGGCGUGCAUACCUGCGGAGACUACAUGUUCAGUGGCCACACCGUCGUGCUCACCAUGCUCAACUUCUUCGUCACGGAGUAUACCCCAAGGACGUGGAACUUCAUACAUACAUUAUCCUGGGUUUUGAACUUGUUUGGGAUUUUCUUCAUUCUGGCUGCCCAUGAACACUACUCCAUUGAUGUGUUCAUAGCGUUCUACAUAACAACAAGACUGUUCCUGUACUACCAUACGCUGGCCAACACGCGGGCCUACCAGCAGAGCCGCAGGGCACGAAUCUGGUUCCCCAUGUUCUCCUUCUUUGAGUGCAACGUCAAUGGCCCAGUUCCCAAUGAAUACUGCUGGCCUUUCUCCAGGCCUACCAUCCUCAGGAGGCUGAUUGGGUAGCACGUUCUGGCACUGUGGCACGCGUCCUGUGCUACUUGGCCGAAAUCCUGGUGGCAGUAUCCUGGGAAUGGCAGAAUUUUGAGUGUCAACGUUUUUUCUUUGACCCUAGGGUUACUACAGCUGGUGCAGGUGUCAGGGAGUUCAAAUUUACUCCAAAGCAGUUGGAGAUUGGCUGGAAUUUUGUAAAAGUUUUCUGGAACCGUAUUUUAUUGGAAGCAGAGAGGGGAAAAAAAAGGGGAAAGUUUCAAAACAAUGGAAUAUUUGUUUAACUCUUGUAUAUUUACUAGGGUUUCUAAUACCAUUAAGUCUUAUGAAAUGAAAUACUAGCCUUUGAACUGUGAAAAUACCGAUGCACCAGUAAAUAAAGAGCUAAAUUGCUAGGGGUCGAGCAUACUGAAAUUUCACUGCAUUUUCUCUCAGAUUCCUUUGCUAUGAAUGCUACUGGACAUACGACAUUAGUAACCAUGCAGCUCUGCCAAUGAAGAUUAUUUCCCUGGGGGAAGGCUGCUGUUUGGCUCCAGCUGAACAUAAGCAGGUGAAGAAGAUGGCAUGUGUGAGAAUCUUGUAGCUCGAUUUGGGCCUUCAUGGUGGUAAUGCGGGUGGGGGAAAUGAGAGCUCUACACGGAGGUGGAAAAAACGGAACCCAUGCAGGCAUUUUAUAAAUGUAGACUUUAAUUGAUAUGGUACGACAAAUAUAGAACUGGUAUGUCAGGUGACUUUAUCUCAUAAAGAUGCUGAAAUACAUCACAUUGAAUUAGAUGGGAAAUGCAAUGCUAAGAUGUUCUGCUUAUCUUAAUCGCUUGGGUUUAGAGCAGUGUUUCCAAACCCAGUCCUUGGGGAGCCCCAGACGGUCCACAUUUUUGAUCCCUCCCAGCAAAAUCGUGGACUGUCUGGUGGUCCCUGAGGUCAGGGUUAGGAAACACUGUGUUAAAGGGCUAGGAGUUGUCUUGCUACCUGACGGUGGCGUCAGACUUAUUCUAGCCUGAAAGCUUCAUUCCUUCACAUGUUGUGCUAUUGGCAGGGAAUGCUGACCGAAAUCUUCCAUUAUUUGUGGUGCAUUGUUUUUACAGGUCACUAUAGUGUGGAUGUUUUUGUCUUAUUGUAUAAUUGCUCUGAAAAAUUUUAUUUUCUUGGUUAGAAGUAUUUCUGAAAACGAAUGCGCAGUUUAUUACGGCUUUAAUUCAAAUGUAGCCAAACUAGUCAAAAUACAAGAAUCUUAAGAUAUGAAUUGCCAAUAAACUUUCAGUAUUACGCACGCAUUUUAUUUGAACAAAAUUAUGUUAUAAUGUGGAAUAAUGUGUUUCUGUGUUUAUGUUUACAAUUAACUGUUAUUCAGAUGCCUAUUACUUAGGAUAAUCUGUAAAAACAAUAUACAGAUGGAUAAGUUGCCAUAAAUUCCCUGAUUUCUUGAAGAUAGAACAUUUCCCAUCCUGUUUUUUCCUUUUGUGUUUGGUGAGUUGAAUGGUUGUAUUUGAAGGUGGAUAAAUACUCCCACAUACUGGAAUGAAAGUUAAGAGUUUACAGAAAUGCACAGUCUGUGUUUAGGUGUGCAUUUGUUUACUUAGAACAAUUAUUUAAGGUAGACUUUUGUCUUUGUCAGGAAAAUUGUACUCAUGAAAAUGCAAAGAAGCAAAAAAAAAACAAAAACAAAAAUCAACAAGGGGUGAUGGGGUCCUUUGUAAUUCCCCUUCUGUUUUUCCAUUUUCUUUCUCUGUUUUUCUUGCUUUUUGCAGUUAUGUUCUUUGCACAUUAUUUAAAACAAUUAAAACAAGGAGAAUCGAAACAAUGGAAAACCACCAGUGGUACUAUUUGAGAUGUACCUCACAUAACCUUGGUGUUUUUUGAAGCACAUUAUUCUCCUUGAUAAUUAAGUUUAAUAUUACUGACAUGAUAUUUUUUUUAUAUAUAUAAUGAUUGCCACAAUGCUGCAAGAAAGUCCAAAAAUAGACAAAUUUGUGUGAAAUGUUCAUAAUUCUUGCUUAUGACUCCUCCGUUUGUCACUGAACUAUUUCAGAGUGUUGACCACUGGCUUUUACACAUAGACAAACGCACAUAAAUAUCUACAUCUACCUGUUCCAUUUUUGCACUGCAGUCUCCCUAUCGAUUGCUCUUAAAGUCCAGCACACUGCAAGCAAUACCUGCUGCUACUGAACCUGUAACAUAAAUAUUAUCAGAAAAUAUUCCUAAGAGAAGUCCAAAAAUGUUCACCUCUGAAAUGGUUUCAGAAUCAUUUAUCAUCUUUAUAUGUAGCAUAUAAUAGCUUUUUGUGUUUUCGGGGCUUUGCUAUCCUUGCUAACGAAGGUGUCAUAAUUAGUGUAACUGAUCAGCAAGCUGUUCUUUUUGUAAUUAUUGAAUUAAUGAUUUUUAUUGUACAUGUUCUGUGUAUAACAAGUGUCUUUUCCUUCCUUUAUUAAAUGUUUAUUUCAAUAUGUA